ACCGGCCGCAGGGGAGCCUCAGGGGUCGUCGGACGGGCACGCGCCACGGCCCCUGCCUCCUGGACUGCCUGGAGGACAUCCGCGCACUAGCUUUUCCUAAUUCCCGGGUGCUGGGUGGUCGCGGGGCGCCCGCGUUCAUCAGUGUCUGGGUUUGGGGACGCUCGCGAGGCCAGCACCCGGGAGUGCGCGCUCGCCGGGGUCGGGUUCGCCCCCGGGUGUUAUGCACGGCCCACCCCGCGUAUGGGUGGCGACUGGUUUCCGGUGUUCGGCCGGGGUUCGGAGACUACUAGGAUUCUCGGUUUUCCUUUCCCCUCCCUUAAAGAAUGGAGACCUGUCAGUUCCCAUUAGCGGGAAUUUCCGGUUAGGGGUAGUCAGCGCAGGGGUGUGGUCAGGUUGGAAGGUCCUGGCUUGGCCCAAGGGGUGGUGCCUGCAUUCUGAGUGGGUGAAUUUAUUCCGGGGUUGGGCGUUUUCGGGUCCCCAGAUGUUAAGAUAGUCAUAGUGUUAGGUAUUUAAGACCUGCGCUGUCCAGUGUGGGGCCGUCGAGCACUCGAAUGUGGCAAGAAUUAGAGAUUCGCUUCUGGUUUCAAUUUUUUGUUUGUUUCGAGACAGGGUUUCUCUGUGUAGCCUUGGCUGUCCUGCAACUCAUUUUGUAGAUUAGGCUGGACUCGAGCUUAGAGAUCCGCCUGCUCCUACCUCCAGAAUGCUGUGAUUUAAAAGCUGCGUGCCACCACCGCCCCGCUCUGGUCUCCGUUUUAAGGUCUGAUUUGAAAGAUUGUUUGGGAGGAAAAAAAAAAAAAAGAACGAAAAAUAUCUCCUAUGCUUAAAUCAGCGUGUGUUUAGCAAGCAGUGUGUUACAUAGUUAUUUGGGGAGAUACCUGUUGUGGCUACGUUAGAAUAAAAACAAUCUGUUCAGUUUCUUUUUACUUUUUUAGUAUGGCCACUUAGUAAUUUAAAAUGGCACGUACAGCGGGUAUCGUUUUUCGAUUGGACAGUGCUCGCCCGGAGCGUCUGAGUGGGGGAGGGGUUGGGAGCUCUUGCCAUCUGCUCUUUUCCUGCUUCUUUUGGAAGUAGCUGCUUUUCCUGGAGGUCCUUAAGGAAUCCAAGAUUCUUUUCACCUCCGUUGAACUGAUGAGCAGAGCUACUCCGUGUAUGUGUGUGUGUGUGUCUCAGAGUUGGUGUUGGUGUGAUCAUCUUUGGACUAAAUCAAGUGCAUUGACAGUUUUCUCUGUUGAAAAAUGUCCCCUUUCUGCUCUGUUGGACCAGAAGGGCGCACUUACAGAUGGGAAUAAGAUUGAGUUAUUGAGGUUGAAUAUCGUCAAUAUUUGGAGAGGGGUAUUGUGCAAAGAACAAGUUGAUUAGUGUCCUCCAGAUGGACCAGAACACUCCUUCCCAGCUGUGUUCAUGUGACUUUUGGUUGUGGGUUAUAAUCUGACCUCCAGGCUCUUCUCUUUUGGUUCCCAGAUCUAUUAGAAACAAUGUUCAUUUGUCAGCUGUAAGGUUUUACAGUUGUUAAUAUUGACUGAUUUAUGAAACCUGCUGGCUGAUUUAGGUGUGUUCAAUCCAUUUGUAAGGGACUGGUUGAUAGUCAACUGAGGAAAUAGUUUGAGUUAAGAAGGAGAUAGAGAUCAAAAACAUCUUUAGACAGAACCAUGGGAGGAAACUUGCUUUCUAGAUAAAACCUUUGUGUGCUUUGUCUCAGCAAACCUACCUUUUCUCCAUGAUCUUCAAGUGAAAUGUGUUUCCAGUGCCGGGUGUCCGCUUUAUGCUGUGCUCCAGCCACUUAGAGUGAAAUGGGAGGCCCCUUGGAGCCCUGGAGUUCCAAACCAGCCUGAGCAGCAGUGCGGUCUCACCUCAAACAGCAAACAACAAUACAGUUGGAAUAAACUUCUGAGGUCUACACAAAUGAAGAAAAAACUGUUGCCCAGACUCCGGUGUGAAAAGGAGCCAGCUCUGUGGAAGACUGGGAUGUACACUGGACAGAGAGAACAACAAACAAUGCUUUUGAGAUUGCUCAUUUAGCAAGUGGAUGUACAGGGUAACAUGUCCAGUGUGUCCGAGGAGAGAAGAAAAAGGCAGCACAGCAUAAAGGAAGGUCUACAGUUCAUCCAGUCUCCGCUGUCAUAUCCAGGGACCCAGGAGCAGUAUGCGGUGUAUUUGCAUGCGCUUGUGAGAAAUCUUUUUAAUGAAGGAAAUGAUAUUUAUCGGGAAUGUGACUGGAGUAGCUCUCUAAUUCAGUACUCAGAAGCUUUGAGUAUAGCUAAUUAUGCAAAGUCUGAAGAAAUUUUAAUUCCUGAAGAAAUCAUUGAAAAACUUCGUAUAAAUUGUAUUGCCUGCUAUUCUAAUAUGGGCCUCCGGGAUAAAGUUUUAGAAGACUGUAACGCUGUCCUCAGUGUUAAUGCCAGUAACUACAAGGCUCUGUACCGGAAGGCUAAGGCUCUGCGUGACUUAGGGCACUACAGAGAGGCCUACGACGCUGUGGCUAAGUGCUCCUUAGCAGUGCCUCAGGAUGAACAUGUAAUAAAAUUAACUCAAGAAUUAGCUCAGAAAUUGGGAUUUAAAAUAAGGAAAGCAUAUGUUAGAGCUGAGCACUCACUGAAAGCAGUUCCUGGGGAUGUGGCUCCCAAGGCUGUGAACUAUUCUGUGGAAGAUAUUGAGCCAGAUUUGUUAACCCCAAGGCAAGAGGCACUUUCGAUUGUCUGCCUUCCUACAUCUGGUUUUUCUCAUGUCGUUGGGAGUGAGCUGGCCUCUGUUCCUAUUAUGCCUGUAACUUCGGUUUUGCAACUGCAAGUGGAUGAGAGCCCUCUGCCAUCCACAGUGUUUGCAAAUGGAGGGAAGAUUCCCUUCACCGUAUCAGACGCUUUUCUAGAUGAUGACAUUGUUCUUGGAGAUGAAAUAGAUGCUCUUCUUGAUUCUGCCCCAGAAGCAAAUGCUGCUGUUAUGUCCUCCACCCUGCUCAGAGGACCCCUCCCGACUGCCAAUGCAGCUCCGAGCUUGCCCUUCGGGACACCAUCCCUGCUUGGAACCUUGCCCAGUGGUGCAAGGUAUGCUCCUCAGCCCUCCUUUGCAGAGUUUUUUCCACCUCAGACGCCAUCCUUGGAAGACUUUUACUCUUCUUUAAAUUCAUUUUCAGUGACUGAAUCCAAACGAGAUCUGUCCACCUCAACUGCUAGAGAGGGAACAACGCUUAACAACAGUAAUUCCUCCCUUUUACUUAUGAAUGGACCAUGUAGUUUGUUUGCCUCUGAAAAAAUUCUGGGAAUUACAAGUCAGCCUAGAAAUGACUUUGGAAACUUUUUUGGAAAUGUGAUCGCUAAACCAUUUUCAUCAGGGACUCCUAGGCAUCCCCUCGAAGGAACCCACGAGCUGAGGCAAGCUUGCCAGAUCUGCUUUGUAAAAUCAGGCCCUAAGUUAAUGGAUUUCACAUACCAUGCAAAUUUAGAUCAUAAAUGUAAGAAAGAUAUUUUAAUUGGUAGGAUAAAAAAUGUUGAAGAUAAAUCAUGGAAAAAAAUACGCCCAAGACCAACAAAAACAAAUUAUGAAGGACCAUAUUAUAUAUGCAAAGAUGUUGCUGCAGAGGACGAAUGCAGAUAUUCUGGCCACUGCACUUUUGCUUAUUGCCAAGAAGAGAUAGAUGUGUGGACCCUGGAAAGAAAAGGGGCAUUCAGUCGAGAGGCUUUCUUUGGUGGCAAUGGAAAGAUCAGCCUUACUGUGGUCAAAAUUCUCCAAGAGCAUCUUGGAGAGUUUAUAUUCCUUUGUGAGAAAUGUUUUGAUCAUAAACCUAGGAUGAUAAGUAAAAGAAAUAAAGAUAAUUCCACUGCCUGUUCUCACCCGGUCACGAAGCAUGAAUUUGAGGACAAUAAGUGCCUUGUCCACAUUUUGAGAGAGACCACAGUAAAAUAUUCCAAAAUACGUUCUUUUCAUAAACAAUGUCAACUUGAUUUAUGUCGACAUGAAGUCCGUUAUGGCUGUGUGAGGGAAGAUGAGUGCUUCUAUGCCCAUAGUCUUAUUGAACUGAAAGUCUGGAUAAUGCAAAAUGAAAGAGGUAUCUCCCAUGAUGAAAUUGCUCACCAAUCCAAACAAUACUGGAGAAGCGUGGAAGCGAGCCUGCCUGGAGUGCAGGUCCUUGGUAAUCAAAUAAUGCCUGGAUUACUUAACAUGGAGAUAAAGUUUGUAUGUGCUCAGUGUCUGAGAAAUGGCCAAGUCAUUGAACCAGACAGGAACAGGAAGUACUGCAGUGCCAAAGCACAGCACUCGUGGACCAAAGAACGUCGUGCAAUGAGAGCUAUGUCUUUUGAACGUAAGAAGUGGAUGAACAUCCGUCCUCUCCCCACAAAGAAACAAAUGCCUUUACAGUUUGAUCUGUGCAACCAUAUUGCUAAUAGAAAAAAGUGUCAGUAUGUUGGCAACUGUUCCUUUGCUCAUAGUCCUGAGGAACGGGAAGUGUGGACUUACAUGAAGGAUAACAAAAUACAUGAUAUAGAACAAUUUUAUGAACUCUGGCUGAAGAACCAAAAAACUGAAAAAAGUGACGAGACAGCCAGUCACUGUAGCAAAGAAAACGGGAAGCAGAUCCACAUGCCAACAGACUAUGCAGAAGUCACUGUGGACUUCCACUGCUGGAUGUGUGGGAAGAACUGUAACAGUGAGAAGCAAUGGCAAGACCACAUCUCCUCCGAGAAGCACAAGGAGAAGGUUUUCCACACUGAGGAUGACCAGUACUGCUGGCAGCACCGCUUCCCCACCGGGUACUUCAGUAUUUGUGAGAGGUAUAUGAAUGGCUCCUGCAUAGAAGGAAGCAGCUGUAAAUUUGCACAUGGAAAUGCUGAACUUCAUGAAUGGGAAGAAAGAAGGAAGGCCCUACAGAUGAAACUCAAGAAAGCACGGAAAGAUCACCUAAUUGCCCCAAAUGAUAAUGACUUUGGAAAAUAUAGUUUUUUGUUUAAAGAUUUAAAGUAAUAUGCUGGCUUUUAUGUAACCCAAUCAGAGCACUGACCAGAAAAAUUGGAAGAGUUGAAAGGCACGUAGCAGAGGAGCUGCAGAUUUCUGCUUGAUUGGCAUCUGUCGUCCCUCCUGAGCAGCAACCCACAGUAGAUAGGAAAAGGCUGUUUGACAGGCCUGGCUGAGCUCUUGCAGAGCCACUGCAUCAGAUGGUGAAGUGACUUGCUGCCAGGUGGCUGUCUGUUGGACAGAAGUUUGGAUGAGGUGUGUUGGGGAAGAGGGUAAGGUUGAGGAUGACUCUGAGGUAAGAACCAUGGCCAUGAGAGAAUAAUGCACACUGGGAUCAGAAUAAGUGAUGGAUGAAAUUCCUUAUGUGUCUUAGUGGAAUGAAUUUAUUUAAUAUAAUAAAGUCUGCUACUUAUCUGUAUGUAGGUUGCUAAAAAGGAUUUUUCUUAACUCAGAUUUUUAAGCCAAAUACCCAUUUAGCACUAGUGUCUGUUAAGUGGGUAUUUUCUGUACGUUUGUCUCACUGUGGUAAGGGAACUGAUGAUCAUGCACAGCAAGAACAUUUUGAAAAUAAUCAAUUGACACAAACUUUAUUUCUUGUUUUUUUUUUUUUUUUCGCCGUUUAAAUAAUUUUUGAAAGAUUCAACUUGUACUGCUGGUAUUGUGUAGUGUAUGGACCAAUAUUGCUUAUAAUAAAAGAUUUUACAUAGAGAUGA